GACAAGUGUAAUGAUAGGAGCUAUUUUCUCUUUAGUUUCCUGAAGGUCAAUCAAAGUAUCAGAUUAAAAGAAUGGAGAUAGAAGAAAGCGAUUCAGUGGACAUAAAAACUGAACAACAACCCUCGUUAAACCCCACUGGGCCUCCCUUAGCAUCAAGUUGUUGCAUAUACAGAGUGCCAUUGAUAUUUCGCAAAAUGAAUGAAGAAGCCUACACUCCUUUCUUGGUUUCCAUCGGUCCCUUUCACCAUCGAAGCCAAACACUGGGGCCAAUGCAACAAGAUCUCAAAUUAUCUUACCUCAUCAAAUUUGUGAAGAGGGCUCAUCAGCAGAAUUCAUUACAUGAUUAUGGUGACGUCGUGAGGUGUGAGGAAGAUAAGAUUCGACGCUGUUAUUCCGAGCCAAUACCAAUGGAGAGUGAUGAUUUUGUAAACAUGAUUUUAACUGAUGCUUGCUUCAUCAUUGAGUUGUUUGUUGCAGGCUUUCUAGCAGAUAGUAGUGAAUCAAAUGAAGAUGCUUAUUUGUUGAAACGAUGGCCAAGAGCUGAUAUAAUGCGAGACUUGAUUUUACUUGAAAAUCAAAUACCAUUCUUUGUUCUUGAGGACCUAUUCAACUUAGCUUUUCCCUCUGGAUUAAAUGAUGGUCGCAUUUCAUUUCAAGAGCUUACCUACAAAAAUUUCCUUUCAUACCGGUCAUGUGUAUAUCCUCCAACUAACGAAUAUGGGAAGCGAUUUCUUUUAUAUAGCUAUUUUGAAGAACAUCACUUGACACCACCUAAUGCUGAUGGUGGGAAGCAAGUGAAACACCUGUGUGAUAUGUUAAGGGCCUUUUACGUGCCAACUAAUCCUCCAGCAAGAUCAUCAAUAGACCCGAAUAUGACAACGAAGUGUUCAUGUACUGCAAAUGAACUAAAUGAGGCAGGACUCAAAUUUGAAGUUCAUCAAGACAAAGGCAUAUUUGAGCUGGAAUGUUCAGAGGGAGUCUUCAAAAUGCCAGUUAUUGUGAUUAAUGCGAUGACUGAGAUUAUGCUCAGAAAUGUGGUUGCGUUUGAGCAGUGUCAUCACUAUUUUACAAAUUAUCAUGUUACUGACUACAUGUUCCUUUUGUUUAAUCUUAUCAAAACUGGAAAGGAUGUCGAAAUUCUUGUUGAAAAGGAAAUCAUGGAGAACAUUUUGGGGGAUAAUGAUGAUGUGGCUACCAUGAUCAUCAAACUUGCCCGAAAUACAUGGCUAGCAGGAGGCAGCAACGCCAAUUACAGCAGUCUAUAUGAAAAUCUGGACCAUUUUUAUGAGAACCCUUGUCACAAGCACAAGGAAAACUUUGUGCGCGAUUACUGGAGCACUCCUUGGAAAAGGUUAUCUUUGUUUGGUGGAAUUGUGAUACUUUUCUUCACUUUGAUUCAAACAAUAUGUUCUGUCAUCUCCUUGUUCAAAGGAGGAGCUCAAAAUUAAAGCUCUUGUAUAAGUAAAUUUGUAGACUGCUUUCUAUAUAAUUAUACAAGCACUAUUUGUUGGA